AGGGAACAGAACCCACUACCCAAAAGGCCAGAAAGAUCGAAACUUUCCCCUUUCCCAGCUCCAUAGACAUGAAUCCCCUUUCUGGGUUCCUUCUUCCCCUGCUCAUUUUCUCCUCCCACCUCCUCCCUUCUUCUUCUUCUUCGGAAAUUUCUUUUCUCUUCGAGGCCUGGUGCAGGGAGCACGGCAAGUCGUAUCACUCCGAAGAAGAGAAGUCGUACAGGAGACAAGUGUUCUCCGAUAACUAUGAAUUCGUCAAGAAGCAUAACGAGAUUGGGAAUAAUGGUACUACCCUUUACUCCCUUGAUCUCAAUGCCUUCGCCGAUCUCACCCACGAGGAGUUCAAAACCUCCCGAUUGGGCCUCUCUGCUUCCUCUGCCUUCGAUCGGGUGAACCGCCGGAAAGUCAGCCGGCUCGUCGGCGAUGUUCCGUCGGCGGUGGAUUGGAGGCAGCAAGGCGCUGUCACCAAUGUUAAGGAUCAAGGCAGCUGCGGUGCUUGUUGGUCCUUCUCGGCCACAGGAGCCAUGGAAGGCAUUAACAAGAUAGUAACGGGAUCACUCACAAGCCUCUCCGAGCAAGAGCUAAUCGACUGCGACAAAUCCUACAACAGCGGAUGCGAGGGCGGCCUGAUGGACUAUGCAUUCCAAUUCGUGAUCAACAACAAGGGAAUCGACACCGAAGAAGACUACCCAUACCUUGCCAAAGACAGAACCUGCAACAAGCAGAAGCUGAACCGGCGGUUUGUGACGAUCGACGACUACAUCGACGUCAGGCCAGGCGACGAGCUAGCUCUGAAGAGUGCUGUUGCGAAACAGCCGGUCAGCGUUGGUGUCUGUGGCAGCGACCGAGCGUUCCAGCUCUACUCCAAGGGGAUCUUCACUGGCCCGUGUUCGACUUCUCUGGAUCAUGCUAUACUCAUUGUAGGGUAUGGUUCGGAGAAUGGGGUGGACUAUUGGAUAGCCAAGAACUCGUGGGGGACGCAAUGGGGAAUGAAAGGGUACAUCUACAUGGCGCGAAACACCGGGGAUUCGCGAGGGGUGUGUGGGAUCAACAUGCUGGCUUCUUAUCCUGUGAAGAACGGACCGAACCCACCUGCACCGCCAUCCCCAGGACCUACGAAAUGUGACAUCUUUACGAGCUGCGGAGCAGGGGAGACUUGCUGCUGCUCGUUCCGGUUUCUGGGGAUAUGUUUCCGGUGGAAGUGCUGCGAGUUGAAUUCAGCUGUCUGUUGUAAGGACAAGGUUCACUGUUGCCCUCAGGACUAUCCAGUGUGUGACACUACUAAAAACCUAUGCCUUAAGACGAUGAGGAAUGGCACGAUAAUGCAGGUUGUUGAUGCGAGAAGGUCGUCCAAGGUUGGGAGUUGGAGCAGCUUGGUUGCAGAUUGGAUUAUGUAGAGUAGGUUCUGCCUUCUGAGAGUGGUUUUUUUCUCUAUCGAGUUGCUGUUUUAGGGUUGUAGAAGUAGUAGUUAAGACACUGGAAUCCCACUUUCUCAUUGUAGUGAGAGUACCUACAUACUUUCAGGCGAGUAUCCUCUUGUAAUUGGCAGCUGAGCUCAUCAUUGUUCUGUAAAAAAUCGAGUUCAGAUGAACUCGAAUCCUUUACGGUAAAUGAGACUGAUACGAAACCUUUAGACUCCAUUGAAAUGGUGAUUUGUUUAAAUGAGUAGAUUGUUGAGAAUACAAAUAACAGAAUUUGAAACGAAGAGGGAGCAGACUUUGUUUAACUGGCUUGUUUACGUGGGCAAAGUGGAUCACGUAAUGGCUGAUGAAUGGAUUGCCAUGCUGAAAUCAAGACUACUGCCACCUCAGGAAUCUAAUAGAAGAAUGGAAGAAGUGCACCAGUGAUGACAUUGACAUGGUGUUGGAUAGUACACAGAGCAGAUGCAAUCAACUCUCGG